AUGGUUUCAACUCAAAGACAAGUAUCUCCAAAGAGAGAUGGGGGCCAAGAUCAAGGCCUAGUUGAGAACAGGGCUCUGAGGAGCCUGGCUAAGGUUGACCACUAUGCCAUCAUCAAGUUCCCCCUCACCACUGAGUCAGUCGUGAAGAAAAUAGAAGACAACAACACAAUGGUGUUCAUUGUGGAUGUCAAGGCCAACAAGCACCAAAUUAAACAGGCUGUGAAGAAGCCCUAUGAUAUUGACCUGGCUAAGGUCAUCACCCUGACCAGGCCUGAUGGAGAGAAGAAGGAAUAUGUUCGACUGGCUCCUGACUAUGACGCUUUGGAUAUUGCCAACAAAAUUGGGAUCAUCUAAACUGAGUCCGGCUGGCCAAUUCUAAAUAUAAAAGUUUUCGCUAAAAAAAAAAAAGGAAGCCUGGGGAAAGCCAUCUGUCCUACUCCCACUGAGGAAAGCAGGAGUGGGGCAGAUGUGCUGCCCUAGAAGUCAUGAAA